UUAGUACUCUCUCUUUCUCUUUCUCUUUCUCUUUCUAGAGAGAGAUUAUUAGUGAGAGAGAGAGAGAGAGAGAGAAAUAAACAUUUUCUUGAUUUUUUUUUCCAAAUUAAUAUCCCAACAAAAUAAAAUAAAUAAACAAAUUCUCUCUGUCUCUCUUUUUAUUUUUGUUGGAAUAGAUUGUAGUGUGGAAGAUGGGUUAGGCUGAAGAUGGGAAUUAUUAUUAUUUUUUUUAAUUAUUUAAUUUGGUUUAAUAAGGUUAAUGGAAUACAGAAAAGUUGAAUGGGAGAAGCAAAAAGCAGAAGCAGAAGCAGAAGCAGAUUAUCAGAUUUUUUUGGCAGCAAAGAGAGAUGUACUGAAGAAAUUACCCACAGAUAAGUGAAAAAAAAAAGUACUUUUUUUGUUUUAUCUUUUUUUUUUUUGUGUUUGUGAAAAUCAAAAGCUGGAACAAGUCUGGAUCCUCAGAGGAAUCUUCAUCUGUAUCAAAAUCAAAAUCCAAAUCAAAAUCGAAAUCAGAUUACAUCAACCUCAAAUCAUGUAGCGGAGGAGGGCGGCGGCGGAGAAGAGGAGGAGCAAGAUAACCACCGCCGCCACCACCACCAGGAGCCGCCGCCGGCGUCCCAUUUGUCUUUCCAAGAACUUUUCCAUCAGAAUGAGCUUCUUUACGGUAGAAGAUUAGAGCCCCACCACCACCACCACCACCAGCCGCCGCCGCCGGAGCCGCCGAAGAAACGCUCCUACCUCCCUCACCCGUCCUCGUCGCUGGAGCCCACCUCCGACGAGCAUGCAAAAUUGCGAGAAAAGAUGGGCGGCGGCGACGGCAGCAGCAGCCACCACCACCAGCCAACGCCGUCGAGAUUAGGUCUGAGAAGCGCCGCCGGCGCCGCCGUGGGCGAGAUUGUGGAGGUGCAGGGCGGCCACAUUGUGAGGUCCAUCGGCAGAAAAGACCGCCACAGCAAAGUCUGCACCGCCAAAGGACCACGUGACCGGCGCGUGCGCCUCGCUGCCCACACCGCCAUCCAAUUCUACGACGUCCAGGACCGCCUCGGCUACGACCGCCCCAGCAAAGCCGUCGAUUGGCUCAUCAAGAAAGCCAAAUCCGCCAUUGAUGAACUCGCCCAGCUCCCCGCCUGGCAUCCCACCGCCACCUGUCCCCCGCCGCCGCCGCUGAACCCAUCUUUCCGGCCAGAUGACGCCGCCGCCCAGCACAAGAACGAACACGAAGAGGAGGAAGAAGAAGAAGAAAACCACCGCCAAUCCGAUUCCGGCAAAAGGGCAAUGGUAAUGCUGCAGGAGGAAGAAGAAGAAGAACAAGAACAAGACCGCCGCCGCCAACAAGCCCUCCACCACCACAACAAUUCCAACCCACCACAAAUCUCAAGCUUCCUUCCGCCGUCAAUGGACUCUGACGUCAUCGCCGACACCAUCAAGUCGUUCUUCCCGAUGGGUGCCUCCGGCGAAUCGAACUCCUCCGGUAUGCAGUUUCAUCAGCCCGACAACAACCAAGAUUUACGCCUCUCCCUCCAAUCCUUCCAAGAUCCAAUCAUGCUCCACCACCACCACCACCGCCACCACCAAACCCUCACCCACCACCACCACAACAACGAACAAUCGCCGCCACGCGGCGGCCAAGUCCUCCUCAGCGGCAUUCCGCUCGCCUUCGACGGAACCCCACCCUGGCCCGACCACCACCAGUUCCAGAGGCUCCCACCCUGGAACCCCGCGGCCGACGCCGCCACCGCAGGUGGCGGCGUCGGCGGCGGCAACAUGUUCAAUUCGCCGCCGCCAGUGCCGCAGCAGCCGCUGCUGCAGCAGCUAUUAGGGCACAACCAGUUCUUCCAACAACAACAACAAAGGGGACCCCUUCAGUCCAGUAACACACCUUCGAUUCGUGCUUGGAUCGACCCGUCUACAAUGUCGGAUCACAAUUCCGGUUUUAUCCCAAUCUAUCCGUCUUCCCUCUCCGGGAUCGGAUUCUCCGGUGGAUUCCCCGGCGGAUUCCCCGGUGGCGGGUUCCACAUCCCGGCACGAAUUCAAGGUGACGAAGAGGAGCACGAUGGCUACUCCGACAAGCCUUCCUCUGCUUCCUCCGAUUCUCGCCACUGAUCUCCGCUCGCUCUAUAAAAAGCCGAUUCCCCAUUAACAGUAUAUCAAGAACUAUAGCGCCCGGCUUGAGUGAGUUCUAACUCGGUGGCAGCUUAUCGGGAGGCGGAGAAUCUCUGGUUUUAGUAUCAGGUUUUUUUCCCGAUUCCGAUUUGCUUAGCAAUCUAUUAUCAUUAUGUUAGUCGAUUUAAUGUUUUCUAAUCAAGAAUUAGCCAAUUUAAUUUCGCUUUUUGGUUUUUUCGAUUGUUGUUAAAAGACUCCGGUAUGUUUGUACUAUUUUGCUUGCUUGUGUGUUUGUUCACUUUGUCUCUUCUAAUCAAGAAUUAGCCAUUCUUGACAUGAAUAUUUGUUAUAU